ACAGAGAAGAACAAGAAGACACAACCGACGUCCAAGCCUUCGACAACCACAAGAAGACACUCUACAGACACUACCGAGAGAAAGAGGACCGCAAGACUUUACUAAUCGCCUUUCGCGAUUGUAGAAAACUAGAAUCGCGUUGCAGAGAUUUUCAUAGCACAGCAAGAGAGAGGGAAGAAGGCUCGAAUAUUUAAAAAAAAUCUUCUUCCUGGACGAGAAAUUCAAGUCGGCCCACAUCUGAGAAGAGCGAAGAGAGAGAAACACACAGACGCUGCGCUUUUGAGGAGGAAGAAGUGUCAGAAAUAUUUCCACAUCUUGAUUGGCAUUUCCUGCAUCGUUCCAGGGCUCAGCUCCACAGCGGAAACGCAACCCACAUCCUGGUAUAUAAAAACACAGUCCGCCCUACAACACUAGUCAGUCGGGGACACGCUACCAGAAGGAUCAAAACAGAAGAUUUCAACCUCUUUGUUUUCUACCGAAGUUGUACUAUAAAGUGCCUGUGAGGUUCGUAUCUACGGGACUGUUCUAACCUUAACUCGAGUGGCCGCGCCAAGCAAGCUUCGGUCGCAGACGAAAGCAAAACCCCGCCAACUCCAAGUCCAAGACAGCGCCCAAGAAAACAGAGCAUCGUUGACUUAAGACUCCUCCACUCAACCGUCUCGCCGAAGACUCCAGACACUUUCCAUUCCAAGGAAAACUGAGGUGUCCGUCUAAGACUUAUUUUUUCCUCAGACUCAGACCAAAGCGGCAAGUAGCAAAGAUGGUGACGACCACUACCAUGACCACAUCUAUCCCUAUGGGGAAUAUGACGACUGAUCCAGAGAAACAGCCACUACCCAACGGCCCACCUCAAACUUACACGAGCCGAGAUGGGAAGUGGAAGGACAGCUACGACCCUGAGCCGAACGCCGUCAGCCAGAUGGACCUGGUCGACGAUGGGGAUGAGAACAAGGAGCGCGGGAACUGGUCCAACAAGGCCGACUACAUUCUCUCUUGUAUCGGCUACGCUGUCGGACUCGGCAACGUCUGGAGGUUCCCCUACCUCGCCUUCGAGAAUGGCGGAGGAGCGUUCUUGAUCCCGUACAUCGUGAUGUUGGUGUUUGCCGGCCUCCCCAUCUUCCUGCUCGAGACGUCGCUGGGACAAUUCGCCAGCCAGGGACCUAUCCGUAUCUGGCGUUGCCUGCCGCUCUUCCAGGGUAUCGGUUACACUCAGGUCAUAGCGUCUGCGCUUGUGGGAAUCUACUACAACUGCAUCAUCGCGUACACGCUCUUCUACCUGUUCUCGUCUUUCACCUCUGACCUCCCGUGGAGAACCUGCGACAACACGUGGAACACCGGGGACUGCGUCGACACAAACUCGCUCAAAAACUGGACUGGGAACAUUUCGGACCGAGUCAGCCCAAGUGAGGAAUACUGGGAUCGGUACAUGCUGUCGCGCUCCGCUGGCAUUGGUGAGCCUGUGACGGUGAAGUGGCAGUUGGCUCUCUGCCUCCUCCUGGCCUGGAUUGUUGUGUACUUCAGUCUCAUCAAGGGCAUCAAGUCUUCAGGAAAGGUUGUGUACUUCACGGCUACCUUCCCCUACGUUGUCCUCCUGAUCCUGCUGAUCCGCGGAGUCACGCUAGAGGGCGCUCUUGAGGGCAUCAAGUUCUUCAUCGUACCAAAGUGGUCCCAGAUCGCAAACGCAAAGGUAUGGAAAGAUGCUGCUGCCCAGAUUUUCUUCUCCCUGUCGGCUGCAUGGGGAGGACUGCUGACUCUGGCCUCCUAUAACAAGUUCAAGAACAACACCAUUCAUGACGCGCUGAUUGUGGCCUUGACCAACUGUGCAACGAGUGUGUUCGCCGGUUUUGUUAUCUUCUCCAUCCUCGGUCACAUGGCUCUGAAACUGAACCUAACCGUGCCGGAAGUCGCAAAAUCAGGUUUUGGCCUGGCGUUUGUAGCAUAUCCGGAGGCCCUGACUCUGCUGCCAGUCUCACCACUCUGGGCCAUUAUCUUCUUCCUCAUGCUCUUCACCCUCGGAUUGGACAGUCAGUUCACGAUAGUGGAGACGGUUGCUACGGCGAUCUGCGACGGCUGGCCGACGCUGUUGAGGCAGAAGAAAUGGCUGGUGAUGCUGACGAUCUCCGUGUGCUGCUACCUGCUCGCCAUGCCCUGCCUCACACAUGCUGGCAUCUACCAUGUUGUGCUGAUCGACUCCUAUGCCGGCACCUACCCCCUCAUCAUCGUGGCUAUCAUGGAGUGUAUCGGCAUCUCUUACCUCUACGGACUGAGACGUUUCUGUAAGGACAUUGCGAUGAUGGCCGGAUAUCAGCCCAACUACUACUGGCAGGCAAACUGGGCCUUCAUCACACCGGCCCUGCUUACUUUCGUCCUGAUCUUCAGUUUCGUGUUUCACGAGGAUGUGUCCUACGGCGACUACACGUACCCGCUCUGGGCCGUUACCCUUGGCAACCUGAUUCUGGUCUUCUGCGCCAUCUGGAUCCCCGGUGUGGCCAUCUUCUGGCUCAUCGUCACUCCAGGGUCGUUCUGGGAGCGUCUGCGUAAGGUGACGUCCCCGACAGACACGUGGGGCCCUCACCUGCCCCAGCACCGCGACGAACGCUACGCCAACAUGGCCAACCCUUCCGCUGGCAUCGGCGCCAAGUACACACCCAACGACGGCACAAAGCUUUAGACUGCACUACCAACAUGUACUAGGCUGCCGACUUGGACAGAGUUAAGCUAGCUUCCAAAAAAUGACUUAUUGGUUUCUGAGACUGACUGACGGUUGAAUCUUGGCAUGACAGCACAACAUUUUAGGCCCUGCUGUCAUUGACACAUAGGAUUCUGACUGGGACAGAGUUAAGCUAGCUUCCGACUAUUAAAGGUCUUGCCUGCUCUAGAUUCUCUUCAGCAACCUGAAUUUCUGCUGGAAAAAAUGACUUCUUCGCUUCUGAGAUUGACUGAGUUGAAUCUUGGCAUGAUGGCACAAAACUUUAGACCA